AUGAGCUGCCGUAUCAUCACAUGUCUUGUCUUUUUUGUCUUCAUCUUUCCCUGUGCUGAAGGCCAGUUCCCUAGAGUUUGUACAUCCCUGACGAGUCUGAAAAACAAGAAAUGUUGUCCAAUCCCAAAGGGCUUUAGUGCGCCAUGCGGUAAUGAUGGAAACAGAGGUACAUGCCAGGAAUUGAUUAUUCGUGAUUGGACUUUCAAAUACAGUCAUUACCAAACAUUCCAGAAAAAAGACGAUCGCCAUGACUGGCCUCAUGCUCUUUACCACAAAACGUGCAAAUGCAAUUCAAACUUUGCUGGAUAUGACUGCAGCAAGUGCGAGUUUGGCUACUAUGGCAAAAACUGCACGCAGAAAAAAACCUUGACACGCAAAAAUUUUCUCACGUUGUCAGCCGAGGAGAAAGAUCGAUACAUGAGGUACAUCAACAUGUCCAGGUACUACAUAAGCGAUUAUGUGGUGACUUUAACUCCAUACGAAGAGAUCAACGAAACCGUCAUGGCCAACCGCGACCCAACAGCAUUCUUUCACAACAUCAGCAACUAUGACUUGUUCGUGUGGAUGCACUACUAUGCUGCACGAGACACCAUAAAACCACAUAACAUGACACGGGCAGAUAUUGACUUUGCGCAUGACGGGCAGGGGUUUCCCACCUGGCAUCGACUGUAUAUGUUGGCUUGGGAGAGAACCUUGCAGGAAAUUGGUAACGAUGAAAACUUUACUGUUCCUUAUUGGGACUGGACUGGAAAUAAAACACAUUGUGAUCCCGCUAUUUGUUCUGAGGAGCUUCUUGGUGUGACAAACCAAGCUGAUGGCACUGUGAAUGGCAAAUACUUUGACAACUGGUACGUUAUUUGCACCAGUGAACAGACUUAUUCCCUGACAAAGAUUUGUGACCCAACGAACAAGGAACCUGGUUUAAAACGGAGAACUGAGAAGGAAAAGAAAGACAAAGUAAGAAAUGAGGGAUAUACAAUGACAUUUCCGACAACAGAAGAAGUCAAUUUUGCACUCCGGUUUGAAAGUUUUGACCUGCCACCCUAUGGCAAAGAGUCAAGCUGCAAUUUUAGAAACAUCCUGGAAGGCUACGCCAGUACAAAGACCGGUUAUCGUUUUCAAAAUGUCCACACCUUACAUAACCAGGUUCACAUAGUCUUGGGUGGGGUCAUGGGGGAUGUACCUUCAGCGUCAAACGACCCUAUCUUUCCCCUUCAUCAUUCCUUUGUGGAUCGUAUUUAUGAGAAAUGGCUUCGCAAGUUCAACAAGGACGCUUCGGUUCUUUCAAGUUACGAUGCACCCAUCGGACACAACAAAGAUGACGUCAUUGUACCACUUUAUCCUGUGUAUACUCAUCAACAGAUGUUUAAGAAGUCUUUCGAGUUCGGUUAUGACUACGAGGAUGUCGACGGGAAUGGUAAGUAUACAUGAAGACAUGACCUCCCUUUACUUUUUCCUUUAACUUGAAUGCGAUUUAGUGUAAUUGUAGUGUAGCCCUUUGAGUGAAAAUAAAUUUUAUGUCACUCUAACCCCGCUGUAGGGACACUCACCAUAAUUACGGACAGUUUUCUUUGUUCCUGCACGGCGAAAGCCAUUUUCUCUCUCAAUUCAAUCCCUUUAAUACCUAUAGUCGUUAAUGUGGACAACCGACACUUUCGUCUUUCCAAGCAACAGAUAUCAAUUUCUCAUAUAUUAGGAGGGAGAAUUCAACAUUGAACAUGCAACUUAAUAAUCUGAGCUUGCUCUUUUGUUUUAACCGGACUUUACUUUUCCUAUCAUCAUCAUCAUCAUCAUCAUCAUCAUCAUCAUCAUCAUCAUCAUCAUCAUCAUCAUCAUCUUCCUCAUCAAUAUCGUGAUCGUUAUCAUUACUUAUUUUCUUCAUUUUUGUUCCAUAUUUUACCUUUAAACAAAUUGACAAUUUUAAGUUUUUCCCGAAUGUGUGUAAUAUUCGUUAUCUCGCGCUUAUUCAGGACAACGUUAGAUUUAGAUAUACCUCUCCUAGCUUAGUCUGCGUAGCAGGCGCCCAUCGCCUCAUAAGAGUGUCUCACUUGUAACUGAACUGAUCAGUGAUCGAGAUCGAUCGAAACAUGCCUUAAUCUCAAAAAUCAGUAGUUGUUCAUUUUUUGUGGAUUCUUAUCCCAAAUCUUUAAAAAUAUUUAUAUCGUCAGGCAAAUCUUCUGAUGAUGAGAAGAAAGUAGAACCAAUAUCCUUGGGAGAUUGUCCAGUACCUUGUUCAAAGAAGUCUUCAAAGUCUUCAGCAGUGCAUGCUGGGAUGCGGCUGUGUGGGUUGCUGAUGUCAUUGCUGCCAAUAUGGCAGUUAUUUCUUGGUGACUGA